CCUGACGCCGCGCGCGCACGCGCACCACUGGCUGCUGGCUGAGAGUGGGACCAGGAGGCGGGCCGGGGACGGAGGCACACAGGACCAGGCUCCAGGCUCCAAUAUAGCGGUGACAGCGCGCGGCGCCCAUUAAGGGUGGCGCCCUGCGCGGCCGCUCUAUUGGAACAUGCCUGGAGCCGGCCCUGGGUGAGCGGCAUGUAUUGCAGUGAUCGCAAAAAUGCGCUAUAGCGCGUUUUUUACGCGCUAUAGGCAGUGAGGGACUCAAUUUUGAAAUAUGAGCGGGUCCUGCAGGACGCGCUCUGACUCACCCACCAAUCACCGCCGGCAGUAUUCCCCGUCUCAACCAAUCACCGCUGCAGCGUCCCCAGUUUCACAGCCAAUCACUGCCGAUGCCGGCAGUGGCUCCCAGAGUCACAUCUCCCCAUUCGAUUGCGUCCUGCCGCCAGCACACACCCAUCCUACCUCUGUGCAGCUUCAAUCUACAUUUGGGCAUCCUCCUCCACGGACUCCGGGUAACAGGAUUUGCUGGCUUUUGCACUCAUCAGCGUGCUCUGUGCCAGCUAGAGGGUGGGCUCCCGUGCUGCUUAAGAAAACAGGCUGCAUCUCACCAGGAACUGAGCGGCAGUGCACAGGCUAACCCCUUGUAUUGAAUAUGCACUGCGAUCAGCAACAUUGGCGGCUUCGGGGCAGGGCACCAAGAAGGGGGAGUAUAUAGAGGAACACAGGGGUCUGUACAAGGACGUGAUGAUGGAGAAUCACCGGCCCCUCACAUCACUGGAUGGGCCUAGUAACAGAGAUACCCCAGAGAGAUGUCCCCGUCCUCUGUAUUCCGAGGAUUGUACAGAGGAGAAUCACAGGAUCCCACAGGAGGAUCAGGAAGAACGUCUGUCUGAUAUAAAGUCAGAAGAUGUAGAGGGAGAAGAAGAGACGUAUGUGACUGAUAUGAAGGGAGAAGAAGAGACGUAUGUGGCUGAUAUAAAGGCAGAAGAUACAGAGGGAGAAGAAGAAACGUAUGUGACUGAUAUAAAGGCAGAAGAUAUAGAGGGAGAAGAAGAGACGUAUGUGACUGAUAUGAAGGGAGAAGAAGAGACGUAUGUGACUGAUAUAAAGGCAGAAGAUACAGAGGGAGAAGAAGAGACGUAUGUGACUGAUAUAAAGGCAGAAGAUACAGAGGGAGAAGAAGAGACGUAUGUGACUGAUAUAAAGGCAGAAGAUACAGAGGGAGAAGAAGAGACGUAUGUGACUGAUAUAAAGGCAGAAGAUACAGAGGGAGAGGAAGAGACGUAUGUGACUGAUAUAAAGGCAGAAGAUAUAGAGGAUGAAGAAGAGACGUAUGUGACUGAUAUAAAGGCAGAAGAUAUAGAGGGAGAAGAAGAGACGUAUGUGACUGAUAUAAAGGUAGAAGAUACAGAGGGAGAAGAAGAGACGUAUGUGACUGAUAUAAAGGUAGAAGAUAUAGCAGGAGAAGAAGAGACGUAUGUGACUGAUAUAAAGGCAGAAGAUAUAGAGGGAGAAGAAGAGACGUAUGUGACUGAUAUAAAGGCAGAAGAUAUAGUGGGAGAAGAAGAGACGUAUGUGACUGAUAUAAAGGCAGAAGAUACAGAGGGAGAAGAAGAGACGUAUGUGACUGAUAUAAAGGCUGAAGAUAUAGAUGAAGAAGAAGAGACGUAUGUGACUGAUAUGAAGGCAGAAGAUAUAGAGGGAGAAGAAGAGACGUAUGUGAGGGGUGAUCAGCAGUGUAAGGAGGAGGAGAUCCCUACAGAUAUCAGCACAGCAGAUGGACACACACGCAGGAAUAUCACAGAAGGACAUCUAAUGUUAUCCUCAGAUUGUGAAAUAAAAGAUAAUGACAGCAGACAGGAUUCUCCAGGAGAUAACCCCAUUACCCCAGUUAUACAUCCAGCUCUAUCAGCUGGUCCCUCUGAUCCUGGGAAAUGUUCUCCUGAUCACUCUGAUAUUGGUGCAUCUGUUACAGCUCUGAGAGUAGAUACAGAGUUUCCGUGUACUGUAGAUGCCAAAUGUUUUACACAGAACACAAAGCUUAUUAACCCACACACAGGUAAGCUAGGUGAAAGGCCAUUUCUAUGUUCUGAGUGUGGGAAAUGUUUUACAUACAAAUCAGAUCUUGUUAAACAUCAGAGAAGUCACACAGGUGAGAAGCCAUUUCCAUGUUCUGAGUGUGGGAAAUGUUUUACACUGAAAUCACAUCUUGUUACACAUCAUAGAAGUCACACAGGUGAGAAACCAUUUCUAUGCUCUGAUUGUGGGAAAUGUUUUACCUGCAAAUCACAUCUUGUUACACAUCAGCGAAGUCACACAGGUGAGAAGCCAUUUUCAUGUUCUGAGUGUGGGAAAUGUUUUACACUGAAUUCAUAUCUUGUUAUACAUAACAGAAGUCACACAGGUGAGAAACCAUUUUCUUGCUCUGAGUGUGGGAAAUGUUUUACACUGAAAUCACAUCUUGUUAUACAUAACAGAAGUCACACAGGUGAGAAACCAUUUUCUUGCCCUGAGUGUGGGAAAUGUUUUACCUGCAAAUCACAUCUUGUUUCACAUCAGCACAGUCACACAGGUGAGAAGCCAUUUCCUUGUUCUGAGUGUGGGAAAUGUUUUGCACACAAAUCAGCUCUUGUUAUACACCAGAGAAGUCACACAGGUGAGAAGUGGUUUUCUUGCUCUGAGUGCAGGAAAUGUUUUACACAGAAAUCACAACUUGUUACACAUCAGCAAAGUCACACAGGUGAAAGGCCAUUUCCAUGUUCUGAGUGUGGGAAAUGUUUUACACGAAAAUUACAACUUGUAAGACAUCAGAAAAAUCACAUAGAUGAGAAGCCAUUUUCUUGCUCUGAGUGUGGGAAAUGUUUUACAUGGAAAUCAGAACUUGUUCCACAUCAGCGAAGUCACAUAGGUGAGAAGCCAUAUUCUUGCUCUGUGUGCGGGAAAUGUUUUACACAAAAAUCACAUCUUGUUAUACAUCAGCGCAGUCACACAGGUGAGAGGCCAUUUCCAUGUUCUGAGUGUGGGAAAUGUUUUGCACACAAAUCAGCUCUUGUUAGACAUAACAGAAGUCACACAGGUGAGAAGCCAUUUUCUUGCUCUGAGUGCAGGAAAUGUUUUACACAGAAAUCACAACUUGUUACACAUCAGCAAAGUCAUACAGGUGAGAGGCCAUUUCCAUGUUUUGAGUGUGGGAAAUGUUUUACACGGAAAUCACAACUUGUUACACAUCAGCGAAGUCACACAGGUGAGAGGCCAUUUCCAUGUUCUGAGUGUGGGAAAUGUUUUACACGGAAAUCACAACUUGUAACACAUCAGAGAAGUCACACAGGUGAGAAGCCAUUUUCUUGCUCUGUGUGCGGGAAAUGUUAUACACAAAAAUCAAAUCUUGUUAGACAUCAGCAAAGUCACACAGAUGAGAGGUCAUUUUCAUGCUCUGAGAAAUAAAUCAGCUCUUGUUGCACACAGUAGACAUCACUCAGGUGAGGAACAAUUUUAAUCUUCUGAAGUAUAGUCAUUGCCAUGCGUUGUUCUUCAAGUUUCUUAUCCUCCUAUGUUUUUUGCAAUAUACAUACUACCACUGGGUGAAAUAAUCAGAUGUCAUGCCCUCAUCUACCACUGCUAUGCAGAUGACAUGUCUUUUGCCCCAGGAACUGAGAACCCAAUCCUAAAUGGUUGUCUAGCUGAGCUCCAGGUGUGGGUGAUGCCAGUUGGCUAUGACUCAGUCUUGGUGAAACAGGUCUUUAUGUUCGAAGCUCACCAACAAAGGGCAGGGCUACAGCUCAACUUUGCAAACCAACCGGGCUUGGGGGUUCAGAGUUACAGAAUGCUGAUCAUGUGCGGAAUCUUGGUGUCCUGGAUGGUGGAGUGACACUUAGACAUCAGUAUCUGCCACAAUCAGAUCCUCAUCUGAGGAACAUAGCCAGACUCCAGCACGUAAUUCCCUCAGAAGAUCUACCUACAGUCAUACAUGUACUUGUAUCUUCACGCAUAGACUACUGCAAUGUCCUCUACCUGGGUCUCCCAGCAAAAGAGUUUCACCGGUUGUAGCUUGUACAGAAUGCAGCAGCCAGACUGUUACCUAACCAGCCCGUUCCUGCCACAUAACACCCACUCUGCUCCCUCCACCGGCUGCCUGUAAGAUGGUGACUCUAUUACAUAAUCUUACUGACUCUCCCAGCCCUACAUGACCAGGGUCCAUGGCACCAGAAGAAGCUUCUGCCUCCUUACUGCCCUGCUUUCUAACUUCCACCUGCAGAUGAAGGACUGUUACAGGCAGUACCAAGACUCCCCAAGCAGUGCUGAGAUGUCAGAGGGGGAGACAAGGUAGUGGCAGAAGU